UCCGCCUCGCCGUCCCUUCUCUCUCUCUCCUUUUCGCUAUAUUUAAGAAAUGGUUAGUGCAGCGUGUUUAUCGUCCGGUGCGCGUGAUGAGCGCAAAGUCAACGAGCGACCGAGCGUAAUAUGUUAAUGAGUUUCCAGAUGGACAUGAGACUUGUACACCAAGACUAAUGAGUCGAACUUGAGGGCAUUUUUGGCUCGUCGUCUUUUGACCAAAGCGAAAGGCAGAGAAGAAGAAGAAGAAGAAGAGGACGAUAAACUAACAAACAAAACUUGAGAAAAUGGAGGGAAUAAAAAAGAGACUAUCGUGUAGUUAAUAUAUGUUGGCUGUUUACUUUGCGACUUUAAGUGGUUGGUUAGUUUGCCUUUGAAAAAUGAAAAAAAGAAGAAGAAGAAGAAGAAACAGUUAUUACGUUUGUACCGAUCCAAAUCCUCGGCGGACGAUGUACGCGCGGUAAGCCUCAGCCGCGCUCUACACCGCAGCAGCACCCGCCACCAUCCGCAACCGCCGCCACUAGAAAACCUCCAGCAAAAGCGAGCGGCCUCCAAGUCGCCGUCUUUAGUCGUUUACCUGGAGCCAACUGUGGCGGUCGGGCGCGUUGUGUGUGUUGUGUGCUGUCGCGGGCGCUCUCAAUUCUCCAUCCAACCCAAAAGGAAAACAAAAAAAAACAGUGCGCUCGCUCAUCCCUUUAGACUGUGUCGAAUUCCUGACAUUUUGAAGAAAAGACCCUAUAGACUUUACGUUUUGAAACGAAACAUCUCUUAAUCUUUGGCAGAUGUGAAACGCUUGGAAUUGUCACAACUCUAUCGGCUUUUGACGUGCGUGUUUUGUCGAUUGUCACGAUGACGGAUGGCAGUCGCGAUUGCGGGCUCCUUCGUCAACCGGGGAAUAAUUAACGAGUGAGGAAGAAUUUCGUGAACUUCUGGGACCAAGAAAAAAGGAUAAGAAUAAAAACAAGUCGUAUCUGAAAAAGAAAAAAACAAAAUCCCCAGCAACUCAAUCGCGGGGACUGUCGACUGUCGAGUUUAUUUAUCUGAUUUUUGAUUUGUGUGUGUGCGCGCCCGCGUCCUCGGUUCUUUUUAUUUCAUUUUCAUUUUUUUUAGUAUAUUUUUUUUCUUAUCUGCUGGUGAGCGGCAGUUUCGGCGAGCCGUUUGGGAAGAAAUGCGUCCGGUUAGAGAUGCCGUGUGAUAACUAGCGACGAUCGUAAAUCAAACCUUCCGAGUGACUCUCGGCCGUUUCAUUUCUUUCUUUUUUUUCUGUCCCACUCAUCCAAUCGUUGCGACUUCUUUUGAGUUUUUAUUUUCCCUUUGCUUCGUCUGCUCUUGUGGGCUGUGUAUCUUUAUAUACCUGAAGAGGGAGCCCCGUUUUCUUGCUGAUGGACUAAACUUAAUGACCGUCCCGAGGAGCAUGUCAUCUCGCUGGCCAGUGAGACAAAUGACUUGAAGAAGACGACACGUUCCCAUAUGAAAAAGAGGAACUCCCCCCUUCCUAAUAACAGAUCGUCAAUUAUUUAUUUUCCUUCUGCCGAAAAUCUCGUGUGUUUUCUUUUUUUCUGGUGGAAGCUUGAAACCUUUUUUUUGGGGGAAUGAGACAUGUAGGCCAAACGAAUCGGCCUGUGUGAAAAGGCGAUCGUCGCCAGUGCGUGACUGCGUGUCUUAUUUUACCAGAGCGUCACCAAAAGAAGAAGAAGAAGAAGAAGAAGAAGAAGAAGAAAAAGUGCUGGGCAAGUUCGUUCACUUCUUGUGUGUGUCGUUUGUCGCCGGCUGGAUCGUCGCGCGCGUUGAAGUUGAGUGAUUUGAGGGAAGGAACGGCCGGAUAACCCGGAUCUGCUGCUUUAUACCAACAGACACAAUAGAAGAAGAAGAAGAAGCUUCUCAACCGACUGAGCAGUUGUCCAAGUUCAGAAGAAGAAGAAGAAGAAGAAGGGGAGAAAGAAACAAGUCUUUAGCCACCAGCAGGUGGUGGAUGGUGUUGAUGGUGAUUCAUUUUUUUUCCCGUCGAAUUUAUUUUUUGGGGUCUGACUGGAAGAAGGGAAUCAGACGAGGGUUGGACGCGAUGGAAUGAUCAAGUGAGACAACACAAAAGAAAAAAGAAAGAAACGCCUCUCACGUCAGAAGGAGAAAGACAUUGAUGUCUAGUAACAAAAAUAUACUGGCUGGAAUCUUUUUGAACUCGUUAGUAGUCUGAGACUCACGAGGACUCUCUCUGUGCACGUCUAAGAAAGUGAGAGAGAAGAGCCUUAACGUCCCAUAAAGCAAACAAUCAUCGUGAAGUGGCAGUCAGCGCCCAGAUAACGCCAGUCCCGAACCAGUGCCAGUGCCAGCCGCAGUGAGAGUGAAAAAAAAAGACGAAGGUUGGAGGGGGCCCUAUUCAUUCGUUUCCCUCUGCUUCAUCCCCACUAUCAUUUGAGGCCACUAUUGUUACGGUUGCCUGCCUCGAUAGCAGAAGAAGAAGAAAAAAUCGUGAAGAAAAAAAAAAGGAAGACAAUCGACGAAUUGUGACUAAAUAUAUAAACCGGACCCGAAAAAGGGGUUCAGCCGGUAGAUUACGCGAGAGGAAUAAAAUAACUACAAGGUGUUGCCCUGCUGCGUUUUUUUUUUCUUUCGUCAAGUCGUGCGUUACUCACCCAGAAGAAGAAAAAAAGAAUUUUUGGAACCGCAGACCCUUGGUCUUUCUGCAUGGACGUCAUGUCUCUUUGAGUUGUUAUCUGGCGUCCAGCAAUAACCGCGCAACAACGUGCUGCUUGAUGAUAACACUCUACUUGUAACGCUUUUUGGCGCUGUUGAUGACCGAUGACUAGUGGGUCUGCUGUUAUAUACACUCUACCUGCAUAUAGGGGGCGAAGGAGAGCACACAGCAACUGGUGGAAAGAAAAAUAAACCCAUGGUGGCCGUUGGGCUUUAUUUUGUUAGCUCGCGCAAUCAUUUGCUUCCGUACGUGUUUCUUUUUUUGUCCACCGGUGGACUCUUUAUUACCCCGGAGCAGGAAGUUUGUAUUGGACGGGUGGACCGUACGAGAGACAGACACGGUCGUGAUUACCUACAAAUCCAAAUAAAAGAAGAAUAAAGGAAAAAGAAUCUAAAUAAAUCAAGAGAAGAAGAAGAAGAAGAAGAAGAAGAAAAAAGAAAAGCGAAUCCAUCGCGGGUUAUUGCGUGACUGACUGUUAAGCGUGCCGCCAUGUCCUUCCGGGCCCUUGCAACCGAAACGUGACCGACGGAUUUCUUAACUCACACAACAUUGUGAUUACAAUAUACAUAAUAUAUCCGAUAGCCUCGAUUUUUUCGUCCUCUUCUACUCGGUCAAUUUGUGUCCUGUCGGCGAUUGCGCAAACAAAAACAGUGAGAAAAUUGUCGUAUCCAAUUUUAUUUUCGUCUCGUUUGGUCGGUUGGGAUUUCCAUCGACCAUGGCGUCGUCUUCGUCCUUCUCCGAAGACAUGUUCAUCAUUCAUCCCGUCACUGCCCGGCGAGUCCUUCGCAAACGCAAGCGCCAGUGUACUGGAUGUCACGACGGGAUUCGGCGCUAUUGCGUCGGGCGACCGCCCGUGCCGCAGAGGCCUCUAGUGCGUGGCUCCGAUCAUCAGCGGACCCGCUCCUGUGAUGGCAGCAGCUCGUCGUCGAACGGGACCCACCAUCACCGGCACGCUCCGCCACCGUCGCCUUCUCCGCCGCCGCUGCCGCCGCAACGUCACCAACCUCAUCUGAAUGAUUCGUCCGUUCAACUCAACAAACAGGAAUUUUCGGCGGUGCUAGAGGACCAAGUGCCCAGAGUCAAUCCUCCGCCCCACAAGACCCACCCCGACGGUAUCGGACACCAGGUCGCGAAGAGCUCUUUGGCUUUGGCUGUCAGCUUGCCGUCCAUUAACAACUUCCACUCCGAUGCGGAGCUCGAGGAAUUGAGACCCAGCGAGGAGGAGAUCGGUGGCCUUGCAAGUCCGAAACGACCCGAGCAGCGGAGAGUCACCAAACUUAAACGGAGGAAAGCUUACUACCGCCACAAGAAAGAUGGUCGCUCUAAAAGUUUAACCCACAUAGACACCUUGGAUCCGGGCAUGUUGGUGUCGCGAGAGAAUUCCGGGGACAGCCGCUCAGAGCCGGAUUCGACUAUGCAAUUGGCUGGCGGUUCACAGGACCGAUUGACAGUACCGGCGAUGGCGACUCCAGCCCUCUCUAGUCCCAUCGUUUCGACCGUCGUGGCGUUGACGAAUGCCGCGCCUACCAACGCAUCCACGCCGACUACGGACGAGUCGAGCGCCACAGAUCCGGCCAUGAGGCGUAGGCGGUUAUCUAAUCUUUAUAAGAUCACGAGCUCCGAGUACUUCAGUGUCAGCUUUGACUGUUUGGAGGAGCCCGGACCAGAAGAAUUUGUGGCCGCCUCCAAAGGGACCAGCUUAAGAGAGGCGUUGGCGGCUGUCUGCAUGAGGCGUGGCGUUGAUCUGUCAAACGUCAAUGUCUAUUUGGAUUCAUCCAAAACACCUCUUUCUUUGAUAACGACCGAGACUUUCUGGCUGGGUGGCAAACACCUUCGGAUCAAAGCCAAAGAUGGCGUCAAAAGUCCGGUGCGAAAUGUGGUUUCCAAGCCUCUGUUGCAGCAUCAAUCUUCCAGGAAAAGUUCUGGGAGUAAUCGAAGCGGAAAGACGAGCCGAGCGCUUAGCGGCGCGACGAGCACCGAGGAUCCGACGGCGAUAGGUGGCGAUUGUCCAGCCCACCCGGUUUCCGGAAAUCUGCCCGUGAGCAUGGCCAACUUGGGUAGCAGCGGCUCUCACGAAGGAUCGCUAAAAGGAAAAGGUGUCAAAGCCCCCACUCGAUGGAGUGGGCUCUUCGGCUCCACUUACAAGGACACGAAGAUGGACCUACUCGCCGAUCAAUUGAAUGAUUACAGCCGGCACGGUAUCCCGCGAUUACCUCAUCUCCUAACUUUCGAAGCCGACGAGGACACAGAAGAGGCACUCUACAGUUUGGAGGAAGACUGGAAACUGAUCGUGAUGGACUGGACUUUGCUGCCGGAACGACAGCGUCAACAGCAGAACGCCAUUUGGGAACUCGUUCAGACUGAAGUGGCUUAUCUACGGACCCUAAAAGUCAUCACUGACUUGUUCAUGGCGUGUCUGUGCAAUCUCCAAGCGGCCCAGAUCCUCAACGAGAUCGACACGGAGCGACUCUUCUCUAAUUUGCCAGAGAUUUAUGUUGCGAACAGGCAAUUUUGGGCCGAGCACGUAUUCCCCAUGCUCAAGAACGCACGCAGUGCCAGAGCCCCGCUCGAUCCUACUUCCCUCCGAGACGGAUUCCUGAAGUUUGACGAAUUGUUCCACCCAUACACCAAAUACUGCCUGGACCAGAGCCAAUGCCAGCAAUACUGCAAGGAGAAAGAUCACGAUAACGAACUUUUCAAAGCCUAUUUAGCGUGGUGCGAGACGCAGCGCGACUGCAACCGCCUUAGACUGAUGGACAUCCUGGUCAAACCCAUGCAGCGACUUACCAAAUAUUCUCUCCUCCUCAAAGCCGUCCACAAGAAGACGGAUGCUGAAGAGCACAAACCCGUUGUUAUCGAAAUGAUCCAAAGUGUCGAGUCAUUCGUCGGUCAAGUCAACUCGGCUCUGAGACAACGGCACGAACAAGAACGCCUACGCGAAAUCCUCUCUCGCAUCGAAUCGUAUGACGUCGUCGAGACCAAGGACGAAGAAGUGGAACGUCUCGUCAAAUCCCACUGCGAUUUGGACCUUACCAAACCGAUGCCCUUCUGCUCUGAAAACCAAAGACGCUAUUUGCUGAUUGAGGGCGAUUUGAAACUACGCGAUCAGGGAACCUCGAAGAUGGACGUCCACUGUUUUCUCUUCACUGACGUGCUGCUCAUUUGCAAACCAGUGGCCCGCAAAGCGGAAAGAGUCAAAGUGAUUAGGCCACCUUGUUUGGUUGACCGGUUGGUGGUGAUCGAACUGGCACGCGAUCCCGCCGGUCUUGGCCUUGUCUAUCUCAACGAGCUGGGAACGGCGUCGGCUGCCUUUUCUCUACACGCCUCCGAACCUAAACAGAGCAAAGUGUGGCUGGAGCAUCUUCGCAAAUCACAAGAACUUUAUCGCGAUGCUAAAGCGACAGCUGCUGCCACGGCCGCCCAUCCCGAUCCUUCACUCUAUUACGAUGAGGACGACGAUCUUGAUUAUCCUCAUUCUGCGUUGCUAGUGGCGCGCAGUCCCAGAGGUUCAAGCCGGGGUAGCCGUGGAUCCUCGUUAAUUCAUUCGCACAGGAUCAGCCCAUCGCUCCCGUUCUUGACUGCUGAGAAUGACGAGUUGAAUGUUGCUGUCGGCUCAGUCGAUAUGAACGACCCAUCAAAUGUUAAUCGAGGCAACCUGGUGGAGUCGCUGGAGAUUAAACGAGCUUCGAGUGCGUCGUCCGAAGAAAGUGGACCACAUCCACCUUCCACUGCGGCCAAGCAAAUCCCAUCUCCACGUUCCGACAGACGUUCCAUAAUAAGCCGAUCGCUCCAUCAUUCCAUGUCACCUGUUCCCACGCCGAACACGCUGACCGUCCAGGUCCCUCAUGUCAAAGCAGUUUCCAAUCAAGGGCAGUCGUUGCCGAAUCUUUUGUCGAUUGCUGUACCCGUUCCGAUCACUCCAGCCUCAGGAACUUCAUCAGGACAGGGGUCGUCGCUUAGUGUGUCCGGCCGCGUCCACUCGGCUUCUGCUUUAAAUCAGAGGGGCGUUUCAUACCCUCCGCCUUCACCACGAGGUCUAACCCGAGCACAGCCCGUCCCACAGUCCCGCAAUCCUCCCCUUGUUAAAACCCGUCGUUUGGCCUCCGUAGCCGGACUCAUUAAUGUCAACAUCUCUGAUGCUACCAUUCAACAUUCGGCUACGGUUGAAGCCACCAAUCCUAAUGUGGAUCUAAGAAACUUGACAAACGGGAUUGGUCCCACAACUCCGGAAAUCGUGACCGAAUCGUUUGAUUUAAACGAAGUCGGUGCAGAACUGGAAGACGAGCUAGUCGAUGCUGAAUACGAAGACUCACAUCGGCAGCUCUUGAACGCUGCGCUAGCCAAGCGCCUGUCGAGGAAUGAACGUUUGGAUCAUCGUAGAUAUCACACUGCUGGAGCCAUCGAAGACAUCAAAAAACAGGAUGCCAAGAACCACAGUAUUCAUAAACGCCUUUCUUGGAACUAUGGACAGCAAGCAAAUCAAACAGUGUCGCCCAAUUCCAGCUUGUCGACGAGUAGACUUCUUCGUUCUGGUUUAAUGGGAAGCGCCACCAAUUCAGAUUCCAUGCUCAGCUUCAGUUCCAGUGGUGUUAGUAGCACCGGGUCUUUGCAUAUGAGCACUGCUUCGGAGGUUGAAGAUGUAUUGGAACUUGAACCAGAUGUCAAUUAUAAAAUGCACAUCUCAUCAACGUACAUUUGUAACUCUGAACUGCCAAAGACCGAAGGAACUAAUGUUCAGGUGCGACCUUUCCAAGACAAGCAAUCUCACAAUGUUCUGCCGUGCUCUCGAGCAGGGCCACCGCUGCCACCUCCACGAAGUCUACCAGUACCGGCGUCUUUGCCUUUGUCAGGAGAUCUUCGACUUGAUGUUUCAGAAGUUUGCGACGGAAUUUCGUCGGUGCAAAUCACCGUUUCCGGCGCAGAAUGUUGCUCGUCUCCAAACGCUACUUCACCAACGGUUAAUGGGAAACCAUCGCGAGCGGAUUUAAUCCGAAUGAAAGAUCUUAUAAUGGGAGACACGUCUAUGGAAGCCUCUGAAGUGUAAUACAGGUUGGAGAAAUCCAGCAAACCAGGCAAAAAUAUUCCAAAGAAAAAUAACCCUCCCUGAACUUGGUUUUUGGCAACCAAAGAAUAUUAUUCGGCAAUGGACGUUUGAAGACGUUUGAGGCAAUCCUCCAUGUUUUCGAAGAUAAUUAUGUCAAUGUUUCACGAUUAUGUCUAGAAGCCCAGACGAAUGAUAUAUGAUUUAAAAUUGGAUUUUUAAAUACUAUUUGUUAUCUAAACUCAUUGUGAUUCUGCAUAACAAUUUCCAUUUACAUAUUUUGUCUUCUUUUAAGUAUUUGAUGAUAUCUUCACGGUUUUUCAAGUGAUAAAACUGUCUACAUUUGUUUGUAUCCAUACUAGCAUUUGGUGCUGUAAAACCAUGUUACGUUUUCAACUUCUCAAUUUCGUCUCGGUCGUGUACACAGUAAUCGAUGUCUACUGACUAGUCAGCUACUAUUAUAUCAUUUAAACAUCUUGAUUUCUUCCCUUUGAUGUGUGAAAAGGUCAAAAGGGGAUCCCUUUCCUAUGCAUAUCGAGUUAUCGAUGCGUUACUAUUUUGCUUUGAUUUAAUUAUAUUCCCUACAUUCAAUAUUCCUCAUGUUUACACAACUUUUGAAAUUGGAAAAUAUACAAAAUUUUGCAUCUGA